AUGGUCAACAUCAGCGAAGUCAAGGGCAAUGCACGCGAAAACCGAACCGCAGCACAUACUCACAUCAAAGGUCUUGGUCUACGGUCAGAUGGUACUGCUGAGACCUCGGGAAAUGGAUUUGUAGGACAGACUGCCGCCCGCGAGGCCUGCGGUGUCGUGGUCGACCUCAUAAAAGCAAAGAAGAUGUCAGGACGGGCAGUUCUCUUAGCUGGAGGUCCCGGUACAGGUAAAACUGCGCUGGCCCUGGCAGUCUCACAAGAACUGGGCACCAAAGUUCCCUUCUGUCCCAUCGUGGGAAGUGAAAUAUACUCGACCGAGGUCAAGAAGACAGAAGCUUUGAUGGAGAACUUUAGACGCGCAAUCGGAUUACGAGUGCGCGAGACCAAGGAAGUCUACGAAGGCGAAGUCACCGAACUCAUUCCUGAAGAAGCGGAGAACCCUUUGGGAGGAUUCGGUCGCACCAUCUCCCAUCUUGUCAUCACUCUCAAGUCUGCCAAAGGAACCAAGAAGCUGCGACUUGAUCCUAGCAUUUACGAGGCCAUCCAGAAAGAACGUGUCGCGGUUGGGGACGUCAUCUACAUCGAAGCCAACACGGGCGCAUGCAAGAGAGUCGGACGAUCAGAUGCAUAUGCCACGGAAUUUGAUCUCGAGGCCGAAGAAUAUGUGCCGGUGCCUAAGGGUGAAGUACACAAAAAGAAAGAAGUAGUCCAAGACGUGACACUGCACGAUCUCGAUAUCGCCAAUGCAAGGCCUCAGGGUGGUCAGGAUGUUAUGAGCAUGAUGGGCCAGCUGAUGAAACCCAAAAAGACCGAAAUCACUGACAAGCUGAGAGGAGAGAUCAACAAAGUCGUCAGUCGGUACAUCGAUCAAGGCGUGGCAGAGCUAGUUCCUGGCGUUCUUUUCAUCGACGAGGUUCACAUGCUUGACAUUGAAUGCUUCACAUAUCUCAACCGCGCUCUAGAAUCACCCAUUGCGCCCAUCGUCAUCCUCGCCUCAAACCGCGGCAACACCAUCAUUCGCGGCACCCAAGACAUCUCUGGCGCUCAUGGUGUGCCUCCCGAUCUCCUGGCCCGUCUACUCAUCAUCCCAACCCACCCCUAUAACGCCUCGGAAAUUCAAACCAUCAUCCGACUACGCGCCAAGACCGAAGGCGUUCUGAUCUCUGAAGCCGCCGUUGAGAAAGUCUCUGCCCAUGGCACCAACGUCUCUCUACGGUACGCCCUGCAAUUACUCACACCGUCCAGUAUCCUCGCCAAAGUCAAUGGCCGGUCCGAGAUCAGUCCUGCCGAUGUUGCCGAAUGCGAGGAUCUGUUCAUUGACGCAAGGAGGAGUGCAAAAGUCGUCGAGGGUGCUGGUAAUGCUUUCAUUAGCUGA